CUGUAAGCCGCGGCCGGCCAGGCCUGUCUCUCUUGCGUUGACUCCGCGUCCCAGCCCGUUGCUAAGCGACCGCGCGCGCUUCUCUCCCCGCGGCGGGCCAGAGCUGCUGCCGUCGUCGUUGGCGGCCGCUGAGGAGGGAGAGGCUGGGAAAGGACGAGAUGGGGAGAGGUGGAACCGAGCCGUGAGGGAACCGCUUUCGGGUUGGCGCGGGAGGAAUCGCGGAGCGAGGUGCAAAGAAAUGGCUAGAAAACAUGAGCAUUUUGGCUUAAGCUAUUUGGAAGAAUUGCGUAUCCUUAAGGAACGUGAAAAUGUCUGCAAAGAAUCUCGACAGAAAUUUGUCAGGUUUAAACAAGCAAUUGCUGAUGUUCACGGAGAACUGGAAAAAUCCAAUUUGGAGGUUGAACCACCUGAAACAACCUUGUCUUAUAGGAGCUCAAGGAGCCCAUCCCCACAUCUUGAAAGUACAGAUUCUUCUCUUGAAGUGGAUUCUUCUAAACGUCUGAAAGCAGUUAGGAUCACUUUUACCGGCCUGGAAGAUGAAACACAAGAUGUCACAACUUCACAAAAGACAUCUAAGAAAGAGGGCAAUGUUGACAAGAAAGAGUCCCCUAGUUUUAAGAAAACAACCUCAGAAAUCAAAAGUGAUAACAUGGAAGGUGAACAUGAACAAGUUGCAGUAGCAAUAGCUUCUUUCGUAGGUACAAGCAAACAACUCACAAUGCUAAAGAAACCAGAGCCCCCACCGAAACCCAAAUAUCAAAGGAGUCAUGCGAAAUCACCAGCUAAAUCUGUUGCUCUACAGAAAAACAGUUUGGGUAUGGAACAACUAAAGCAAAAAAUAACAUCGGAAGAAGUAGUUGUUUCUACAGUUGGAGGAACCAGCGCUUUAAAUGUAGAAGCUGAUGACACACAUUCUGUGGUUUCUGGUUCAAGUGGAAAAUCUGAUAUGUUGAAAGAAAUUUCAAAACCAUGCUUAUUAGGUUCAAUAUUUGACGUUGAAAUAUCAGUUAGUAAAAGAAGCAGUGGCUCAUCUAGUAUGAAGUCUGCUGCAGAGGCUUUGGUAGAAAUUUCACGUGGGAGUACAUCAAGCAUUUCAAAAGCGAGGCGCCUCACGCGAAGUAGGUCACAACUACAGCGUUCCCUGCAAAAGAUGCCUUCUAGAAUAGCUGUAAGGUCUAUUGAUGAAAUUAUUGCAUCCCUGAAGUCUACUAUACCAACUCCCUCGGACCUGAGGAUCAAAGAACUUGUGGAGAGUAUUCUUGGUCAGGACUACAACGUAAACAAAGCAAUAUUAGCUAUGAAUGAAGAGCUUCAGGCGAGAGAACAAGGGGCUCCAGCUGUAGAAGUUUCACCUUUGGAAAUGGAACAGCCACCACCUGCUAAAAAAGACCCUCUGGCAACAGAGUUGGCACCUGAAGAACUGACAGCAGAAGAUGCUGAACAAGCGAAAGUGGAGAUACCAGGAUCAUCACGAAGAGCGAGCUUUCCCCAAGCUCACCAUCCCCAAGCUCACUUUCAAAUGGAAGCCGCAAGAGUGAGAGAAGAUAUUGCUGAAGUAAAGGAGAUACCAGGAUCAUCACGAAGAGCGAGCUUUCCCCAAGCUCACUUUCCCCAAGCUCACUUUCCCCAAGCUCACUUUCCCCAAGCUCACUUUCAAAUGGAAGCCGCAAGAGUGAGAGAAGAUAUUGCUGAAGUAAAGGCUGAUGAAGAAGUGACUGAAAUGCCAAGAGAGAAAGUAGAGCAUUCCUCAUUAUCAUCUUCACAAGAGGUAAUAAGCUUCCAUGAAAGUGAAGUGAGUUCAUCUUCAGAGGUUGUACAGUUACAAGAGCCAACUCCUCCAGAGCAAAAAGAUGUGGAAAAGGCCAUACCUGAACCAUCAAAGAAGUCUCUGUCCUCAGACAUAGAGCUGGAAAUAAAAGGCAAAUCAAUUCCAAAGGCUAAACUAUUAAAUUCAGGAGGAUUUAGAAGAUCUUGAUGAACAGCAUCCCGUAUCUCUGCUUUCCACUUGGACUACAAAGAUCAAAGAUGUGGAUCACCCACUUAUUCACCUUCUUUGUGAGGCUUGCCCAAGAUGUGUGUUGCCUGUUCAUCUGCAGCUUGCUUCAAGAAUACACCAUACCAUAGACAA